AUGUCGACUCUAGAGCCUGAACCCGUCAUCAAAGUGACCAACCUCGAUAACCGCUCCGGUAUUGGCAAUUACGACGUGUCUUUUGCCAUUCAAAAUGCUCCAGUCCAAGCGGGCAACAAGGUCGUGGAACUCAUUCGACACCCUCUAUUAAGCGAUGGAUCAAAGAUCCAUGUCAAAAUCUCGGUCUACAUCUCCCCGUAUAUCCCGUAUGAAGCCCUUCCGCCAGAGUGGACGGACGCCGAAAUCUACCAACGGGUUGCCGCUUACUUUGAUCAAUUCUUAGGACCCGACACUACUGAUGCCUCCAGUUGGAUCGGUUCUUCGUCGAUAGACUCUCACCAAAGUCCCAUCACCAUGCCAGACCAAGAGUAUCCUAUCGAAGUCACGCCUGGCGAACCCCCAGUACAAAAUGGGUACCAUCUCUUCGAUGCUGUGUUCCACUGUUCUUCUGCGUCCGAUGGAAAUGUGGUCCUCGAACCCAAAGAGUCAGCUCGAGCACGAAUGAGCGGACAUGGAGUCAGAGUGUUGUACAAGAUCAAGGCCGAAGGAGACCGACUUCCGUCGAACCUUACCGUGAAGAAAAUCGAGGUCCUGAUCUGGGAAUACGUUGAAGAACAGUACUAUGGAAAGCCCGCGCCUUCAGAGGGCGGGACUACUAACGAUGGCUCUUUGGCCACAACAAACUCAACCUCCUGA